AUGCCGGCCCGUUUCCCCGACACAACCUUUGAGCAGCAAGAGGCUGAGCCCCAUAUUGAAUAUGAUACGUCUUUGACCGACCAAUUCGUUGAAAAGACAGGCGAGGAAUACCCAUGGGCCAUAGCCACCGACUAUGUCCUAAAAAGUCGUAGGUACGUUUACGACAUGGAAGCCGAAAUUGAAAACAUUAACUUCGUCGCAGAACACACUUCCCUUCCACUCCCUAAGAUUGUUGCGUCUUGGGAACAGGGAACUCGAUUUCUCGCUAUCGAAGAACGCCUAGAAGGUGAGUCCCUAGACAAAGCUCUACCUAACCUAGCUCGAGGAGACGUCAAGCGUAUCGGUGAACAGGUAGGUGAAUACCUUCGCCAACUCAAGAACAAUACUUCGCCAUUGAUGGAGAUGCUUGAUGGGCGUCCAGUUGUAGACCGGCGCCUCUUCAAGCCGUUGCCCGACUCCUAUUGGCGGGGCUACUCGGGUUGCGCGACCGACGCCGAGUUGCGUCUGAACCUGUCGCUUGCCAUCGACGACAACGUAGAUUUGAAUACGAUGCACCGCUUCAUGGCCAAGAUGCCGUCUGCCCUCCCCUUUACUUUCUCGCAUUCGGACGUUCACGAGGAGAAUGUAAUGGUCAAGGACGGCAACUUCGUCGGCUUGCUCAACUGGGGGCUAGCCGGUUUUUACCCAUCUUGGUGGGAAUUCGUCAAUAGCUGCGAGCUGUUGAGCGAUUACUUCCCGGCCGAACUUGGAGACGAGAACGCGUUGGAGUGGUUUACUAUCUACUACGCGAUCCGCGAGAGGCCUAUGGAGCCUAAGACGAUUGCUAUGCUAAAGGAAUACUUGAACAGAGGUCCUAACGUUACAGGCCUUGCUAAGACUAAAUCUCCGGCUGAGAUUUAA